UAUGCAUUGCCGGGGCUUGCGAGUGCUAUUUACGCACGCACGGGGCCCCACUCAUUAGCAAGGGAAAAGGAUCCACCAUGUGGUUCUUGUUUAUCAACAGAUAUGCUUUCCACACACUGGAUAUAGAUGGCAUUACAAAUAUCUUAUCCCUCAGAAAUUUAUGUUUCAAGAGACUUUCAAAGAACAGUACAUUAUUUAACCCAGAACAUUUUUGUUAUCUUCCUUUUGAUGUUUUAGAAGAUUUUAAAUGGUUUUUAAGUGUACAUGACCUAUUGAAGUACAGCUCUAUUUUUGAAAAAGCAGGUAUUGAUACAAGUGAUGUAUGGGAGAGACAUUUCUUGAAGAGAUAUGGGCAGAUGGCCGUGAGAAAACGAUACUUUGUAUGGAGGGAACACCAUGUGGCAGAUCCAAUAUGUGAUACUUACCAGGCCCAGUAUUUACAAAAUAACUGUAGUAAUCUAUUGGCAUCCUUGUGGAGUGUGGAAAAUGACGUCACAUGCCAAGAGACUCUUUGCUUUUAUCUGAAAUUUGCACCAAGUUUGACUUUCCGGUGGAAAAAAUGUGGUACUUUAACAGCCGUCAGAAUCAAGAAGAUAAUGUCAGACCUUGUUCAACACUUAAUUGUAUGGGGAGCACCAACAUUUACAUUUAAAGAAGUCAAUUUUUUGAGAUCAUGUAAACAACUAAAAAGUGUUUCUUUUAAGAAUUUUAAUUUAUUCAGCAAGUAUUAUUGCUGUGAGGAAGAUCUUGAUGAUGAUGAUGAUAGUGAUGAUGAUAAGAAUAGUGAAAACCACUCUAAAAAACAUUGUUUAUCCUUUAAAAGUUCUGUUGAAAGUGUGAAGGCCAGCCUAGGAUCUGAUGAUAUACAAUUUCUUCUGAGUGACAGAUUCUUUGAUAGCAGUAUUAAAAGAUUGAAUAUAAUAUCAUAUGAAAAUAUAAUUUCAGUUUGUCCGCUGCAUGGUAAAGGUUGGUGUAACAAGGCUCUCAGAAAGUUGACUCAUUUAACAUUGACCGGGGAGAUAUUGUCAGAGUGUCUUGUAGAGGAACUUAUUGACAGUUUAUUUGUAGUUUACAGGGAUCUUAUGCUGGAACCAAUGAAAUAUCUUUGUUUAACAUUUAAUGGGUGUAUGAAAUGGAAAUUUGAUGCUCAAAAGUAUAUAGGGCAGAUGUAUGCAGUUGAAGAAUUUGAAGUUCUGAACACACAGAUAGAGGAAGAAGCAAUGGCUCACAUGUUUGUACAGUUUUUACAGUGCAAUAGAAGCUUAUCUUGUGUGAAUUUCAACAAUACAUGUAUAAAUGUAUCUCAGGAAAAUCUGAAUUUAAUGGUGCAAUUUACAGAUAUUUUUGCUAAAAGCAAUAUACAAUCAAUAACAACACCUACUGUAUGUAGCUGGUGGCAUUGGGAUGUAUGUAAGGUACUGGUAGAUGCACCAAAACUGUCAUAUCUAAAAAUAGAAGGCCCAGGAAAUAUUGCAAAUUUACAAGACUUUGUUAGAAUUGUAAACAACUGCAAGCACCUGAAAACAUUGUCUAUACAGGGAAUAGAUCUAGUUGAGGUGGGCAAAGAUUUGCUGACAAUGAUAUUGACAUCAGAGAAUUCUUAUGUGAAUAAUCUUGACCUUAGGUUCUGCAGUAUUCAAGGAGACGAUAUUGUUACGGCUGCCGAAACCGCUUUAGAGACCCGCCGUCGUACUCGUAAACUUCAUAUUCUUGAUAUGAGCAUGAACCAAAUAAACAGAUUGCAGCAGACGACAAUCAAAAGACUUUAUAAAUCAUUAACAGAUAAUUUUGAUUGUUGAUAUACCAGAUAGACCGCAGAUGGAG